GGCGCGGUGCGCGGAGCGCGGCGCUGCCCCCCAGCGGCGGGGCGCGGCAUGGCGGGCGAGGAGGCGGCCGGGGCCGAGCCGGGUCCCGCGGGGGGCGCGGCCGCCGCCCCGUCCCCGUCGGGCGAGGACGGCGAGACCCGGCAGCGCUACGAGGAGCUCUGCAGGAGCCUCAACAUGGACGAGCGCGCCCGUGCCGAGGCCUGGCUCAGCUACCAGAGCAUGAGGCGCAACUACACCCUGGAGGGAAAUGACAUGCAUUGGCUGGCUUGUGCCUUGUACGUGGCUUGCAGGAAAGCGAUUCCAACUGUGAGCAGAGGAACAGCAGAAGGAAAUUAUGUAUCCUUAACCAGAAUCCUGCGCUGUUCAGACCAAAGUUUGAUCGAGUUCUUUAACAAGAUGAAGAAGUGGGAAGACAUGGCAAAUCUUCCAUCCCAGUUCAGAGAGCGAACUGAGAGAUUAGAGAGAAACUUCACUGUUUCUGCAGUCAUUUUUAAGAAGUAUGAGCCCAUUUUUCAGGACAUUUUCAGGUAUCCUCAAGAAGAUCAACCUCGUCAACAGAGAGGAAGAAAACAGAGACGACAGCCAUGUACUGUGACCGAAGUUUUCCACUUCUGUUGGGUGCUGUUUGUUCAUGCAAAAGGAAAUUUUCCUAUGAUCAGUGAUGACUUGGUCAAUUCCUACCAUCUCUUGUUAUGUGCUUUGGAUCUCGUGUAUGGAAAUGCUCUGCAGUGUCCUAACCGUAAAGAACUCCUGAAUCCUAAUUUUAAGGGUCUACCUGAAGACUUCCAUAGUAAGGAUUAUAAAGUAUCAUCUGAUCCUCCUUGCAUCAUUGAAAAACUGUGUUCUUUACAUUAUGGAUUAGUUUUGGAAGCAAAAGGUAUAAAGGAGCAUUUUUGGAAGCCAUAUAUUCGGAAGCUUUUUGACAAAAAGCUUUUAAAAGGAAAAGAUGAAAAUCUGACAGGAUUUCUAGAUCCUGGGAACUUUGGAGAUAGCGUCAAAGCCAUCAACAAGGCCUACGAGGAGUAUGUUCUGUCAGUGGGGAAUCUCGAUGAACGAAUAUUCCUUGGCGAGGAUGCGGAUGAAGAAAUUGGAACUCUCACGAGGUGCUUAAACACACCUUCAGGAGUGGAAACAGCUGAAAGGGUACAAGUGAAGCAUAAUUUGCAGCAGCAUUUUGACAGGUCCAAAUCUCUCAGGAUCACAACCCCCCUUACUGGCCGCAAGUAUAUUAAAGAGAGCAACCCAUACGUGACACCUGUUUCCAUAGCAACCUACAGCCUGAGCCGCCUGCACACCAUGCUGGCAGGACUGAAAAAUGCCCCCAGUGAAAACCUGGAGCAAAUACUCAGGUCAUGCUCCAGAGAUCCUUCUCAAACCAUUGCAAACAGACUUAAAGAAAUGCACGAAGUGUAUUGUCAGAGCACUCAGUCUGAAGGAGAAUUCAGUAAUUUUUCCAAAGAUGUUGCUAGUAAGCAUUUUCGUCGUGCUGAGAUGCUCUACUACAAGGUCUUGGAGUCAGUCAUUGAGCAAGAGAGGAAGAGACUGGGAGACACUGACUUAUCUGCAAUACUGGAGCAAGAUGUAUUUCACAGGUCUCUGCUGGCAUGUUGCCUGGAGAUCAUUACCUUUACAUACAAUCCACCUGGAAACUUCCCAUUCGUCACUGAAAUAUUUGACAUUCCAGUUUACCAUUUUUACAAGGUGAUUGAGGUUUUCAUUAGAGCAGAGGAUGGCCUUUGUCGGGAAGUGGUGAAACACCUGAAUCAUAUUGAAGAACAGAUCCUGGAAAGUAUGGCAUGGAAAAGGGAGUCUGUACUGUGGGACAGGAUCAGAGAGAAUGAAAACAAAGUUCCUACUUGUGAAGAGGUAAUGCCACCUCAGUACUUUGAGAGAUCUGCUGCGAACAGUGUUGUGGGUUCACCACUGACACCACGGCGAAUAAACGAGGUUCGUGCUGAAAGUGGAGGACUGGGAAAAGGCCUCUCGUCCCCUCCUGCCAGCCUGUACGACAGGUACAGCUCUCCCACAGCCAACCCCACGCGGCGGCGCCUGUUCGCGGACGGGGAGGCCGAGGCGGGCGCCGCGCUCCGGCCGCCGCAGCCCGUGGUCAGCACCGUGCCCGUGCACAGCGUCAGCCCCGAGGCCGUGCCCGUCACCCCCGUGCCCGGCCAGACCCUGGUGACGGUGGCCACGGCCACCGUGACAGCCAACAACGGGCAGACGGUGACAAUACCCGUGCAAGGUAUUGCCAAUGAAAAUGGAGGAAUAACUUUCUUCCCAGUCCAGGUAAAUGUAGGUACCCAGCCCCAGGCUGUGUCUGGGCCCAUGCAGCCUCUGAGUGCCCAGACUCUGGCUGGCACCGUGAGCCCCCAGAUGGCUGGGGCAGCCCUGCAGUUGCCAGGCCAGUUAGCAGUGCAGCAGAUCUCCCCUGGGGAGCAGAGACAGACCCAGCACCUCCCUGCCACGGCCGCCAGGCCUCGCAAGAUGGGCUCCCUUGCACUCUUCUUCAGAAAGAUCUAUCACUUGGCCAGUGUUCGUCUGAGGGACCUCUGUGCCAAACUUGAUGUGUCUGAUGAGCUGCGCAAAAAGAUCUGGACGUGCUUUGAGUAUUCCUUGGUGCACUGCCCCGAAAUCAUGAUGGACAGACACCUGGAUCAGCUGCUGAUGUGUGCAGUCUAUGUCAUGACUAAGGUUACUAACGAAGAUAGAUCAUUCCAGAACAUCAUGCGCUGCUACCGGACACAGCCACAAGCCAAGAGUCACGUCUAUCGCAGUGUCCUCAUCAAGGGCCGCCGCCGCCGCCACUCGGGCAGCAGUGACAGCAGCAGCCAGCAGAACUCCCCCACAGACAGGAGCAGAGACAGGAACAGAGAAAGAAGCAGCCGUGACUCCAGCCCGGUGAUGCGCUCCAGCAGCACGCUGCCCGUGCCCCAGCCCUCCAGCGCGCCCCCGACCCCCACCCGCCUCAGCGGCCCCAACAGCGACACCGAGGAGGAGGAGCGCGGGGACCUCAUCCAGUUCUACAACAACGUCUACAUCGAGCAGAUCAAGGACUUUGCCCUCAAGUACACUUCAAAUGCUCUGUAUGGUAUCAUGUGCCUGGAAAAGCCCUGCUGCAGCUCUGAGUGCUCUGUUCUCUCUGGGCAGACCGACUCCCCCCCGCUGUCGCCGUACCCCUUCGUGCGCCUCGGCUCCCCCCGCAGAGUGCAGCUCUCCCAGCACCACCCCCUCUACAUCUCGCCACACAGAAACGAGGCUGCCCUCUCUCCCCAAGAGAAAAUAUUCUACUACUUCAGCAGCAGCCCCUCAAAGAGGCUAAAGGAAAUCAACAGCAUGGUUCGAACUGGAGAGACCCCCACAAAGAAGAGAGGCAUCCUCCUGGAAGAUGGCACUGAAGCCCCAGCCAAGCGAAUGUGCCAGGAGAACCACACAGCUCUGUUAAGGCGGCUGCAGGACGUAGCGAACGACCGAGGGUCUCACUGAGCCUGCACAGCUCCUCCCUCCCUGACUGCACGGAGCUGGGCCAGGGCACGAGGGGAGACAGUGCUGGGGACAGGGAGGAGCCACCCCUGGCACACCCCCAGGCCCUGCUUAAGCUCUUCACAAGGCAAGUGUGACUCCUCUGCAGCCGUGCCUGGAGAACACAACCCCUUGGAGGGACCUUGCAGCCGGUAUUUACAGCUUUGCUUUGCUCUAGUCAGUGCUUCACCCUUGCCAGCUGUGGCCAGACAGGUCCAGGUGCCUCAGCAGAGAGCUCUGCACCAAGGUACCCACAAUGUCAGGGUUCCUCACUAACCCCCUCACAAACUAACGGCUUAGGAGUAACAUUCUCACAGUCCAGUUCCUGCAGAGGGACAAGGGGAGUGUUUUGGGCCCUGAAGGAAGCUGGAUGGAUGGACUCUGUCCAGAUCAGGAUGUUCCACAUGCCCUUGCAAAGUAUCAUCAUGUUAAGCUUUAAUGUGUGGCCCUUUGCUGUACCAAGGGAGGUGAUUGUGUUGUUUGGUUUGAGCUGUGCAAUGUUUUAAAGUGAACUUGUGGUCCCAAGGUGAGUCUUGGGAAUGGGCUGUGAAGCAUCAUGUUUAAUGCAGACAAAUUUUGCUGUAUAUUUGCAAUGGCACUUUUUAAAUGUGAAUAUUUUCUCCAAAGGCUGACUUCAGCUGUCUUUCUGUACUGAAACAAUAUGACUUUUGUAUUUAUUUCAAUCUGACAUCCCAUUGCUCCUCUUGUCAGCAAAUGGCAUUAAGAAUUCAUUGUAACUCGAUGUACAUUCAGCAAUGAAUGCAGGAAGCCAGGGAUGUGUGCUUUUUUCAAGGAAUUUUAUAUGCUUGUUGCUUUUCUUGAUAGUCAGGACUCUAGCCCUUGCUCACUCAGCAGCAGGAAGGUGGUGCCCAUCUCCUAAAACAUGUACUUAGAUAUUUUGUUUGUGUUUAAAGGACAGGGCUUGGGAGUUUGGUUUUGUGUUUUGGUUUUUGUAAAAAGGCCAAAAGCAGGCUGUGUGGGUGAAAGCCCUCCCCUAAUACCAGGAUCAGCAGGUGGUGCACAUUACACUUACCACUUGUUUUCAUUUAAAAUAGGUCCAAACUACCAGACUUGUUAGGAAAGCAUCAGCCCUCUCCCACAGUACAAGAUGCCAGUCCUCUGGUGGGGAGGAGGUGUUCAUGUAACAUGUGGCACAUGCAGGUUCCAAAAGGCUGAGGAAGCAAAAGCUAAAAGCCCUGUUUUCAGUCAUUCCUGCCCUUCUGAAUAAUAGGAAAAUUUAAGACUGAAUUCCACUACGAGUUCAACUGAAGUAAAAUAAAAACAUGGUUUUUCUUACCUGCAUAACAAAAAGCUGAAGUCCAGAAGUUGUGUAGAUGUUUCUGUAAAAAUAUUUAUGGAGGUGUCAGACAAUUCUUGUUGUUACUAUGUUCCAUUUACUUCACUUUGUAUGAAAAUAUUGCAAUUGUAUUUUUCAAUAAAGACUUUAUAAACUCA